UCACGUUAAGUAAUUGGAGAAGAGAAUGGGCCUCGCGGCCUGCUAUUGGCUGUCUGACGUGUCAGUUAUCUCGAUUGCUAGUGACGACACAGCGCUUGAAACAGCCUAUUCCCACGUGGUGGCGACAGAAGCUCGUUCAGCAAUGCGGACAGUGGAGGUGGUCGGCCUGGGAGUGGUGGUUCUCUCCCUCAGUGUGGAGCUGCUUGGUUGGCUUUUCAGUCGUCGCAGGUCUGGAAGAGCCACCAAUAAGGUCCUCUUCUUCCCCUCAGAGGUGGCUUGUGUGGAGCAUAUCUUCUCUCCCACUUCCCCUCGUUCCUGUUUCUGCUCAUUGCCUCAUGGUGUAGAGACCUCUUUCUCUCGUCUUCUCCGCUGCGUCCUGUCUGCUUGCUCCACUCUGGACUUGUGUGUCUUUUCCUUUUCCAACAUGGAUCUUUCUAGGGCUGUACUAUUGCUGCAUAGCAGGGGCGUAACCAUCCGAGUCCUCACUGAUAAGGACUAUUCGGCCAUCACUGGGUCCCAGAUCGGGGUCCUCCGCAAGGCUGGGAUCUGCGUGCGGUGCGAUGUGAGCUCUGUCCACAUGCAUCACAAGUUUGCAGUGGUGGACGGCCACGUCCUCAUCACCGGCUCCCUCAACUGGACGCUGACAGCAGUGCAGAGCAACAUGGAGAACGUCGUUAUCACUGAGGAGCCCGACCUGGUGCAACCUUUCAUCAAGGAGUUCCACAGGCUGUGGGUGCACAAUGAUCCAGCCCGAUACCUCCACUCAAGUGACGCCAACACUGCAACCAGCUGCUGAUUAGCUAUGACGAAUACUGAGUCAGUACUCAUAAAGCAUUUAAGUUAGUAGCACGCAAAUAGGACCACAAAAGGAGCAGGCUUUUCUUGUUCUCCAGAGGAUAUGUUACUUUAAGUUUUGAGAGCCUUCAUUCAUUUAAUGUAACAGCAUUACUGUAGGUAGAUAACAGUAUUAGAGUAUUAAAAGCUUUUUUAUGUUUAUGAAUUCAUAGCACUGUUAUGUGAUUUAGCAGGUUAAUUGUGCAGUUCAAGGUUUUUGGUUUUUGGUUUUUAGAUGAAAGUGGAGCCUUUGAGGCGCUAACUGUUAGACUGGCCUGUUGUUAUCCCACUGCUUUUCACAGCCCUGUGACAUUCAUUUGCUAUUUAAGUUCUACAGUGUAGAUUUUUUUUUUCAUUUUGUAAAGUGUGUUCCUCUGUUUCAGCAUGUGAACACCUUUUUUUGUUGCUUUAGUUUGUUUAUACAUUCAGUGUUGUGUUUUUUAUAUUUUGUCACAUUUUAAUCAUCCAACUGAGGUUGUUUCUUGCUUAAACAAUAAUAGGGGAUGUUUCCUUUCUCUGAACUAAGGAGAAUGGAUAUAAUAUACUUACAGAUUGUGUUUAAUGUCCUUUGUGAAAUCUGUAUACUGUUCACUUUGUGUAUAAUGUAAAUCAGAGCUGUUUGUUAUAAUUUGUUACU